AUGCUCUCGUGGGACGUGCGGAUAAUACGGGGUCGCCCUAUGCCGAGCCCUGAUUACGAUUCAGGGUGGGCAGGGAUGACAUCGAUGACACGUCUGGUGACCGGGCCGGGGUGGGUAUAUAAGUCAGCGCCACGGGCUUCCCUCCCCCAACAGAAGAUGCCGGGAACGACCUCUAUCACGCUCGACAAGGCGACCUUCAAGGGCACGGUGACGGUGCCGACGGGGCUGUUCAUCGGCGGCCAGUGGGUCGACCCCGUCGAGCCAGACACGAUCGAUAUCACCAAUCCCAGCACGGGCGAGACGAUUGCGAAGGUGUCGCUUGGCUCGAAGAAGGACGUCGACAUCGCGGUUAAGGCUGCCCACAAGGCAUACAAGUCGAGCUGGGGCCUCAAGGUCCCGGGGUACCAGCGGGGCAAGCUCCUACUGCGGCUUGCGGACCUCAUCGAGCGGGACGCCGACCAAUUGGCUGCUCUCGAAACCGUCAAUGUCGGCAAGCCAUUCCCCGUUGCCAAGGCGGCGGACGUCAUGGGGUCCGUGCGCUGCAUCCGCUACUUCGGCGGCUGGGCGGACAAGAUCGAGGGCAAGGUCAUCGAGACAGACGAAAACAAGUUUGCAUAUACGAGGCACGAGCCGUUCGGCGUCGUGGGCCAGAUCAUUCCCUGGAACUUCCCCCUUCUCAUGCUUUCGUGGAAAGUGGGGCCCGCACUCGCGACCGGCAACUGCAUCGUGCUCAAGCCUUCUGAAAUGACACCCUUAUCGGCACUCAAGUUUGCGGAGCUCUGCGUGGAAGCAGGGUUCCCGCCCGGCGUUGUCAACAUCGUGAACGGAUACGGCAUCACGGUCGGCGCCGCGAUCGCGGAGCACAUGGACAUCCACAAGGUCGCCUUCACCGGUAGCACCCUUGUCGGCAGGAAGGUUCUCGAAGCGGCUGCGAGGACGAACCUCAAAGUCGUCACUUUGGAGUUGGGUGGAAAGAGCCCCAGUAUCGUGUUUGACGACUGCGAUUUCGAGCAGACGGUCAAGUGGGUGACGCAGGCGAUGUACGCGAACAUGGGUAUCUUGUCUGCUUCAACAACCUAUCUUUUUCGCUCACGGUCUCCACAGGCCAGUCGUGUAUCGCCGGCUCCCGUAUCUUCGUUCAGGCGGGCAUCUACGACAAGUUCAUCGCUGCCUAUAGCGCGUCCAUCCAGGCACUGGGAAACGCCACCGGCGACCCGUUCGACCACACUACGAAGCAUGGGCCUCAGGCACGUACCCACAGUCCCGCAUCGGCGGAGAUCACUCACGCCUCCGCAGGUUUCCCAGACCCAAUUCGAUCGCAUCAUGGGGUUCAUCGAUUCGGGCAAGGCGGACGGCGCGACGGUGCACCUUGGCGGUGAGCGCCAUGGUUCGGAGGGCUUCUUCAUCCAGCCGACCAUCUUCACCGAUGUCAAGCCCGAGAUGACCAUCGCGAAGGAGGAGAUAUUCGGCCCCGUCACGACGAUCAUGAAGUUUACCACCGAGGAAGAUGUUAUCGCGCAGGCCAACGAUACCGUCUACGGCCUUGCAUCGUACGUCUACUCAGACAACGUCAAACGGGCUUUGCGGGUCGCGCAUGCUCUGGAGGCUGGCUCUGCGUUUGUCAACACUGGCCAGACGACCGACCCUGCCAUCCCGUUCGGCGGCUACAAGCAGAGCGGCAUCGGACGUGAACACGGCGAAUAUGCGCUCGACACAUACACACAAGUUAAGGGUAUCCAUGUCAACCUUGGUGUUACUCUUUGA